GCACUUUGGUCAAUGUUUCCAUGAAAAUUUUUCUGAUAAUUGUAAGCAUGGCCAUUUAAAAUGAUAAGAUCACUGCAUUGUUACAUCAGAACUGUUACUUGUUUGGUAUCUGUCGGACCAGUCGGCAUGCCAACACGUGUUUUCUCUUAAUUAAACCAUUGCAAUUCUGCUCCAAACACAAACAUGUUAACAUAGAAUUUAUUUAAACAUUUAUUUAUAAAAACCUGGUGUUCUUAUUAUUAAAUAUAUAUAAAUUAUUUAAUGUCUUGUUAUUUUAUUUAUGAAAAUUUUUAAAUUAUAACCUCAAGAUGGUUAAGGAACAGUACAGAGAAACUGACGUCGCCAAAAAAAUAUCUCAUGUGACAUUUGGAGUUAAUAGCCACCAUGACAUUGCGAGACAAGCGCAUAUUAAUGUUGUUUGUCAACAACUUUAUUCAGAACAGGAUCAUUCGAUUAUGCCUUACGGUGUCCUGGAUCCUAGAAUGGGCACCUGUUCAAACGCGAGUAAAUGUGUUACUUGUGGGAAGCAACUCAGCGAAUGUACCGGACAUUUCGGGUACAUCGAUUUGGAGUUUCCGGUAUUUCAUCCCGGAUAUUUUAGGUCUGUCAUCGGUAUUCUACAAUCUAUUUGCAAGAAAUGUUCUCAUGUCAUGUUAAAUGAUAAAGACAAAGCCUUGUUUAUGAACCGUGUGUCGAAUCCAAAUAUCGGUUACCUGACACGGAAAGCCCUCAGAAAACAAAUACUAGAGAAACUCAAGAAAGUCUCAGUAUGUCCGCACUGUCAUGAGCUUAACGGUACAGUUAAGAAAGCAAGUGCGUUAAAAAUAAUACACGAAAAAUUUAAAACGAAGAAACCAGAGCACAAAGUGGUGCUGGAUAAAUUAGCAGAGUACGACUCUGCUGUAAAGAGCAACAAAGAAUUGGAGGGUACACUUCGCUCUACUAAUUUUGCUUAUGUGUUGACUCCACUUGAGGUGUUAGAAAUAUUCGAACGCAUACCACUGUGCGAUGUCCCGCUUUUGCUGAUGAAUCCCAAGUGCGGUAUGCCCAAAGACUUGUUGAUAACGCGGAUACCGGUGCCGCCGAUUUGCAUAAGACCCAGCGUGUCUUCGGACUUCAAAGCUGGUACGAAUGAAGACAAUUUAACGAUGAGACUGAGUCAGAUAAUUUUGCUCAAUGAUAAAAUUAGACAAUCUAGAGAACGAGGCAUGAAGAUUCCGCAGUAUAAUGAAUUGUUUGAAUUCAUUCAGUUUCACGCUGGGUUUUAUAUAAACAGUGAACUGACAGGAGUUCCUAUUGACAAACAGCCAACGAAACCGGGCCGUGGUCUUGUGCAGAGAUUGAAAGGAAAGCAGGGACGUUUCCGUGGUAAUUUAUCAGGAAAACGUGUGGACUUUUCAAGUCGUACGGUAAUAUCACCGGAUCCAAACCUACGGAUUGAGCAGGUGGGGGUACCAAUUCACGUGGCUAAAAUUUUGACGUAUCCCGAACGGGUCAAUAAAGCGAACUUCGCUUUGAUGCAACAGUUAAUCAGAAAUGGACCUGAUGUACAUCCAGGUGCUAAUUUCCUGUACAUGUCAAAAAAGAAACUUAAAAGAUAUCUGAAGUUUGGUGACAGAAAUGAACUAGCCCAAAAUUUACAGUAUGGAGACAUCGUAGAGCGCCAUUUGCGUGACGACGAUGUAGUUUUGUUCAACCGUCAGCCCUCGCUCCACAAAUUAAGUAUAAUGGCGCACAAAGCCAAAGUGCUGGAGCACAGGACAUUCAGGUUCAAUGAGUGCGUAUGCACGCCCUACAACGCUGACUUUGAUGGUGACGAAAUGAAUCUGCAUUUACCGCAAACGGAAGAAGCCCGCGCGGAAGCUCUAGUCUUGAUGGGAAACAAAUCAAAUCUUGUAACGCCGCGUAACGGUGAGUUGCUGAUCGCUGCGACCCAGGAUUUUAUAACCGGGGGUUUUAUUUUGACGCAGAAAGACACAUUUUUAAAUAAAUCCGAGGCGUGGCAACUGGCAGCUUGUCUUCUGGCGGGUCCAGACUCAAAUAUGCAAAUAGAGUUGCCGCAGCCGGCGAUACUGAAGCCGUACGAGCUGUGGACCGGAAAGCAAAUAUUUAGUUUGAUAUUACGUCCGAACAAAAGAUGCAAAAUAUUAGCCAACUUAAGAACUCAAGGUAAGGCUGCCACAGCAGACAAUGAGUUGUGCGUCCGGGAUGGGUACGUCGUUAUAAGAAACUCGGAACUGCUGGCCGGUUCAAUGGACAAAGCGACACUUGGAUCUGGGUCUAAACAAAAUAUAUUUUACGUACUGCUGAGAGAUUGGGGUGAGGACGCAGCUACUACUGCCAUGUGGCGGUUGGCAAGAAUGGCGAGCGUGUUCUUGAUGAAUCGGGGAUUUUCCAUUGGGAUCGGAGACGUCACUCCAGGUCCAGGAUUGCUCAGAGCCAAGCAGGAACUGCUGGACAAGGGGUACGAUACUUGUACAGAUUUAAUAAAACAAAUGGACGAAGGAGAGCUGAAGCUCGAGCCCGGUUGCUCGAUGGAAGAAACACUCGAGGCUAAGAUUCUAAAAGAGUUGUCUCAAAUUCGUGACCAUGCUGGUAAAGCCUGUCUCAAAGAACUCCACCGCAGCAACAGUCCUCUUAUAAUGGCGCUGUGCGGGAGUAAGGGAAGUUACAUAAACAUAUCGCAGAUGAUUGCCUGCGUAGGACAGCAAGCCAUCAGCGGCCAUCGUGUGCCAAACGGUUUCGAAGAUCGCGCGCUCCCCCAUUUUGAACGGCACUCAAAAAUUCCCGCCGCCAAAGGAUUCGUCGAAAACUCCUUCUACUCUGGUCUCACACCAACCGAAUUCUUCUUCCACACAAUGGGUGGCAGAGAAGGUCUGGUAGAUACUGCGGUAAAAACCGCCGAGACCGGAUACAUGCAGCGUCGGUUGGUUAAAAAUCUCGAGGACUUGUGUCUGCACUACGACAUGACUGUCAGGAACUCGGCUGGUGAUAUCGUCCAGGUAAUAUACGGCGGCGAUGCCAUGGACCCCACUUACAUGGAAGGCAAAGACUGCCCGGUUGACUACAAACGUGUGCUGGACCACGUGUGCGCCAAGUCUCCGUACAAAAACGAAGACCCGUUGGAAGGGGCGGAUCUUAUGACAGCAACCAACGAAUUACUCGCGACGGAAGAAUUCAAGUGCUUGAGCACUGAAUUCAAACAAGAGUUGGUAACAUUCCUCAAAGGUAUUUCAUGUAAAAUAAUACGCUGGCGGCAUAUCCACCCUAGUAAACUACCAGUAACUAAACAGCUAGAUCGGAUAACAGUCUCGCAGCUGGUUGAGUUCAUUCACACGUGCAAAGAAAAAUUUAUGCACGCAAAGAUAGAGCCCGGCACUGCAGUGGGCGCUCUAGCGGCCCAGAGUAUUGGAGAACCUGGUACCCAGAUGACCUUGAAGACGUUUCACUUCGCCGGUGUCGCUUCUAUGAACAUCACCCAGGGUGUGCCGCGUAUCAAAGAAAUAAUAAACGCAAAUCCCAAAAUAAGUACGCCAAUUAUAACCGCGUAUUUGACCGACGACAAGAACGAGGACUUUGCUCGUCGCGUUAAAGGAAGAAUCGAAAAAACUACUCUUGGAGAAGUCACUGAAUACUUCGAAGAAGUUAUCCUUCCUGACGAGUGUUUCCUUCUUAUCAGGCUCGCCAUCGAGAGGAUCAAGCUGCUGAUGUUGGAAGUCGACGCGAACUCAAUCUACUACACUCUGCGCACGUCAAAACUGAAGUCGCUCUUCAAGAACGUGAGGGUUCACAGCAAUUCGGUGAUAACGAUCACUCCGGUUGCAAACAGCAAGCAGAGCUUGAGUCACUCCCUGAGUUUGCUGAAAGAGGCAGUGCCUAAAGUGGUCAUCAAAGGAAUGCCGUCGGUCUCGAGGGCGGUCAUCCAGAAGGAAGAGGAGAAAGGAAAAAAAUUGUUCAAGUUGUACGUCGAGGGUGACAAUCUACGCGACGUCAUGGCGACCCCGGGUAUUGUAAGUAAAAAAACCAGCUCUAAUAACACUAUCGAGGUCUUCAGAACCCUGGGUAUCGAAGCCGCGCGUUCGACAAUUAUGACGGAAAUAAAAUUGGUGAUGGAAAAUCACGGAAUGAGUAUAGAUCGCCGGCACUCGAUGCUCGUCGCUGAUUUGAUGACCAGCAGGGGUGAAGUUCUUGGUAUCACUAGACAGGGGUUGGCUAAAAUGAAAGAAUCUGUUCUUAAUUUAGCUUCUUUUGAAAAAACAGCAGACCACUUAUUCGACGCGGCAUAUUACGGUCAGAAAGACGCUAUUUGUGGUGUGUCGGAGUCAAUAAUUAUGGGAAUUCCUGCGCCAAUAGGGACCGGGAUGUUCAAACUCCUUCAUAAAAACGACAAGGAUGAACCCAAAGAACGUAAAUUAUUAUUCGAUGAUCCAGAGUUCCAUAAAAAUCUUAUUAACUCCUAGUAAUUGUGUUAGUUUAUAAUUUAUGUUUAUACUUAUUGCUAUUUAAUAAAAUGAAAUUUAAUAUU